ACUGGCGUUUACUGACGCGCGGUUUGCUCAAUUGUUUAAAAUUGUAUGCAAAUAGAUGAUAAAUGUUAAUAAGUUAUUAAUGCAUUUUCUGUUAUGAUUGUGGUAUAUCAAAUUUCUUUUCAUAGCGCCUUUUAAAUUUGUAGUUUAUACUAUUGUGUGUUUAAGAUUUUGUGAUUGCAUUCAAGAUGCCACAAAAGAAAAAAUGCUUUCAGUUGGAAAGCCCAACAGCUUGUGUAUUCUGUGGAAAAGAUGAAGAUAAUGAGUUUUUGUUUGGGAAAUUCUUUCGAAGGAAAACUUUAUCAGUUCAUCAAAACUGCAUGUUCUUUGCAAGUGGUCUGUCCCAGCGUGGAAAAAAAGAAUCUGAGGGAAUAUUAGGGUUCCUCAUAUCUGAUAUUCAAAAAGAAGUGCUGCGGGGAAAAAAACUUAAUUGCUUCCAUUGUAAAAGAAAAGGAGCAACUGUUGGAUGCUGUAAAAGCAUUUGCCGAAGAACUUUUCAUUUUCCUUGUGGACUUAAGAAUCAGUCACUUCACCAGUUUUUUGGAUCGUUUUCUUCAUUUUGUCAGUUGCAUAGGCCAGUGCAAAAGCCCAUCAAAAUUCCUGAAGAAGAGCUUUACUGUCACAUUUGUUUCUUGUCCCUGCCAGAAAAGGAUUUAAACAGCUGCUUGUACUCUACUUGCUGUAACCGUAAUUUUUUUCACCGAACAUGCUUGCAGAAAUAUGCCUUGAGUGCUGGGCGCUACUUUUUCAAAUGUCCUUUGUGCAAUAAUUCCUCUGAUUUCAUGAAUGAAAUGGAAUUUUAUGGAAUUUGUGUUCCUGAAAAAGAUGCAUCAUGGGAGUUAGAAGAAAAUGCUUAUGAAGAUCUUCUUUAUCGCCCCGAAUGCGGUGCAGCUGAUUGUCUCUUUAUUGGUGGCAAGAAAUAUAAUGGCAAAAGUGCUGAGGUUUUGUUGUCAUGCUCUAAUUGUGGGGCAGAUGCAAGGCAUCGAAGCUGUGCUAAUUUAGAUGAUGAUGAAACAACAUGGACAUGUAAUGAAUGUAAAACCCUUGAGGAUCAAAUUUUGAAAAAAAGAAUGAAUCUUCAAAAUGCUUCAGAAAUAACAGAAGGUGCCAAAUGCUUGGAUUCAGUAAACCAACAAGUUCCUAUAGUAGAAAUGCAAUCAAAUGUUUCUGAACCGUCUUGCAGUAAUCUCUAUUCAAAUGCCACACCAUCUCUUAUAUCAAAAACUGAAAAUCUCGUAAGUGAUUCUGUUGGUGUUUCAACAGAUGAAUGUGACGAAGCUAUAGUAUGUGAAGAAAUUCCUUCAGCUGUUGUUUCUCCUUUCAAAGUUCCACCAGUUGCUAAUACCAGGGUGAAAUCUAAAACAAAGAAAAGAGCAAAUUGUAUAAAUUUAAAACGAGAAAUUGCUUCUGAAGACCCAAAUUCAAAUAAAAAGAUAUGUUUUGUGAAUGGCGCAUUCAAUCGAGUGAAAACAGAAAUAAUGCAGCAAAAGCCAACCUUCAUUUUGAAUUGCAAUUCGAUUAAAAAAAGUACUUCUAAGCGUCAGUCUAUAGUAGUUUUAAAGAAACGUAAAUCUGACAAGAAAUUUAAUUCUGGGUGUUGUUCUGGUAAUUCACAACAAUGUAUUAAAAAGAUGUUCGGAUUGCAAUGUCAUAAUUACCGAAUAUAGCUCUUUGCUUAUAAAUUACUUGUAUCUGCACAAUAUCCCAAUUGUGCAGUUUUUUAUUAACUUUACACUUUAUAUAUAAGAGUGCAGUAUUGAAUAAAAUAUAAGCAUUACUUCUUUUAAAUGUAUUGUUAUACUCCUUUUUUUUUAAUUAAAGUGCAAGCAUGCAGAUAAAACUGAAAAAUAACAAUUCAUGCUUUUUUUAAUACAUAAUAUAUUCCAAAUAAUUGUAAACUAGUUCUAAAUCUAAA